AAUACCAAGAGCAUGAAAGAUAUUUUACUCAGAGUUCAGUCCUUGUAACUCAUACAAGAAUCCACACAGGGGAGAAAACAUACAAAUGCCAGUUGUGUGGGAAAUGGUUUGCUCACAAAUCACACCUUCACAGACACCAGAAAGUUCACACAGGAGAGAAACCGUACAAAUGCCAGCAGUGUGUAAAAUGUUUUGCUCAGAAGUCAUACCUUGUGAAACAUGAAAGAGUCCAUACAGGAGAGAGACCAUACAUAUGUCAGCAUUGUGAGAAAUGUUUUGCUCACAUGCCAUACCUUCAAGAUCACCUGAGAGUCCACACAGGAGAGAGACCAUACAGAUGUCAGCAGUGUGGGAAAUGUUUUACUCAGAAUUCAGCUCUUAGGACUCACCAAAGAGCCCACACAGGAGAGAAACCUUAUAAAUGUCAGCAGUGUGGGGAAUGUUUCACUUGGAAGUCACACUUUGUCAUGCACCAGACAUCCCACACAGGAGAGAAGCCCUACGGAUGCCAACAGUGUGGAAAGUGUUUUGCUCAGCAGUCAACCCUUCAGGAUCAUGUGAGAGUCCACACAGGAGAGAAACCAUACAAAUGCCAGCAGUGUGGAAAAUGUUUUACUCAGAAUUCAGCCCUUCGGACUCACCAGAGAGUUCAUACCGGAGAGAAACCUUAUAGAUGCCAGGAGUGUGGGAAAUAUUUCACUUGGAAGUCGCACUUUGUCAUGCACCAGACAUUUCACACAGGAGAGAAGCCCUACAGAUGCCAGCAGUGUGGAAAAUGUUUUGCUCACCAGACAACCCUUCGGGGUCACCUGAGAGUCCACACAGGAGAUUACAAAUGCCAGCAGUGUGGAAAAUGUUUUGCUCAGCAGUCAACCCUUCGGGAUGACCUGAGAGUCCACACAGGAGAGAAACCAUACAAAUGUCAGCAGUGUGGAAAAUGUUUUGUCUGCAAGUCAGUCCUUGAGAAGCAUCAGAGAGGCCAUACAGGAGAGAAACCACACAAAUGUCAGCAGUGUGGGAAAUGUUUUGGGUUCAGGUCAGACCUUUCAAGGCAUCAGAGAAUCCACACAGGA